AGAAGGUUCUAACUGAUAGUCUGUCUGACAAACAUUUGACCACAUUAAGCAGUCAAAGAAAGUAAUCGCUAUCGGUCUGUUUUCUGUGUAAGAACUGCUAGCUAUAGUUUACACUGUCAUGUUGAUCAUCUGCUGUGGAAAGGAGCACCAUCUUUUUUAUGGCAUACCACAGAUGACCUAAGACAUGUACACAAGGAGAAACAUGUUUGACGCUUUCAAGGAUCAAAUAUGGGAAGAGUUGGGACCUCUGAACCCAAACUGGUUUGAGGAACUCACUGCUAAAGCUUCCAGUGGGGAUCGGGGUGAUACAGAGAAAGAGGAUCCCAGCACUGCAAUAUCUUGUGGACAAGAUGGCAGUUUCAAAUCACCGUUGGAAAAAUGUCCCCUGGAUAGUGAUAUGUUCUCUACCCCGACGAUCUUCAGGCAGAGAAGACCACAGUCUGCUGAGACAUUGACAGAAGACAUUUUUUUCCCUGAUCAAGGAAGCUCUGGAACAGAAAUAACAGACACAAGCCCAUGCUUAUUUGGAAAAUCAAUAGACAGCGAGACCCCCAGUAAAUCCUGUAGAACAAGGCUGCAUGGAGACAGUUUUGGGCUGCUUGACACACCACAACACUCUGCGGCACACUCUUCCAAACGUAUAUCUGAAAGUCUUGGUGCACAGUUAGACCCUAAUAUGUCCUGGACCAGUUCUCUCAACACACCUGUCAUGUCGCCCACCAUCAUUUUGACUAAAAGUGAGGAGCAUAGGCCUAUGUACCCAGUAAGACUUUCUACUGAAGAGCAGGUUAUGUUUGUGCGAAAGCUUUUCCCCUCGGUCUCCAAGGAGUCUGGAAGCACAGUGCUGUCACCAGAACAGAACGAUAGACCUCUCUGUCAACAUAAUGGACUGGAUUGCCACUUGCCUGGUGUGAUUGAAAUCUCCCCUGGCUCUCAAGACACGUUACCUGUUGACAGUGGCAGCCAUUGGAUGCAGACUUUACCAGAUGCUAUUGAGGGCGGAGAAAUCCGCAGCACAAUGGCCAGUGUUCUAGAUGGAGCUGAGGAUGUCCUCUCCAUAUUCUUCAGCAACAGCAGUUUGGCUUUACGAAGGGUGAAGACCAAGGAGAGAAUCAAAAGGAAGCAAAGCAACUCAACUAAGGAACACGUACCUACUUCUACAAUGGAACAUGACAAAGUAUCCAGUGACAGAGCAGGAGAAUACCAACACACCAGGGCAACCUCUGAGCCCCUUGAGUCCAGGACUGACAUGAAGUCUGGGGAUUUGGGGAUUUCUCAGUGGACUCCAAUAAAUGUACCUGACAUUUCAGACUAUGAUAUGGAUUCAUUUCACCAUGAGGGGUCUUCCUCUACUAAACACAUAAUUCCACAAGAUGAUAUAAGUGAAAUGUUCUGUGACUUCACUGGAAGCCAGCAGCCGGAUCGUGGUUCCUCUAAGCAGACUGUCCAGGUGGAGUCUGCCCUUUCCAGAAGAACAGUACCAGGGUCUGUAGUCGAAAGCUCUCUAGAACACACCUUCCCCAGGAAAACAAGGACAUUUGUUUACUGUGUCCAAAAUCCACUUCCGUCAGUGCAAGGAAAAGAUAAUGUUACUUGGAUGUUACCUGCAUCAUCUGGAACUGCUCCCAGAGGUGAAAAUCCAAAUGUAAAACAAACCAAUGAAGAUGAGUUUAAUAAUCUUAACAAAACUGCCUUGGAUGGGAAAAAGCCGCUAGUUCAGCAGGAAAGUGCAACUGAAGAAAAUAUUGUUUCACGAGCACCAACCAAAGACCCUGAUCUUGAUAUGUCACAGCUUUGCAGGGCAUUUGCACAAGAUUUUAGCCAAGUAGUUGACUCUAGUAAACCAUGCGCAAAAGAACAGACUCUUAAAAAUGGCUUCUCUGCAUCAGCUUGUCUCUCAGCAAUGAGACUAAGGAACAGAAAAUUGUUAACUCAACUAGAAUGGGGCCAAAAACCUGAACAUCUUAACUCUGGCAUCAGUGAUGAAAUGCAUAUUCCUGGUUCUCAGUUUAGCAACUCUGCAAGCACGUCUAGAAUGGAGAGUGGCUUACCCCCCUCCACCCUUUCUAAUGUCACACAAACAGAAUCAUCCAACGUUCACCCUAGCUCUGAAAAAAGUUCUGGAAAUCAAUCAUCUAGAGAGUUUAAAACUGGUAACAACUGGAUUAUCUCUUUGCCUCCAGAAGCAAUAAAGAAAGCAAAAGCAUCAUUAGAUGACUUAAUUGAGGAAAAUAUGACUGAUGUCGUUACUGCUGCCAGUGAAGUGAAACCGGUGUUGUCAUGUGUAACAGGGAGCCGACUGUCCACAGAAAUUAAGUUCAUCAGUCCACUCAACGUUGCCAAAAGGUCAAAGCAAACCAGCGUAAAAUUGAAUGGUCAAGUUGUUCAGACCCCUCACAGCGUCAAUGUCUCUGUUUCCUCACUCCCUGGGUCUGGUUUCAAAAUGGCCUCCAAUAAGAAGAUAACAAAUUAUUCAGCAAAUCUGGAGAAAGCCAAGGAUUUGUUCAAGGAGAUUGAGGAUGAAAUACCUGCAGUCAAUAUUCCUGAGAUAAGCCUUCCUGAGGAAGGUAACAUGUCAUGUGGAUUGGAGCUUGUUGAUGGAUCUCAUUUACAACCUCUACCCUAUACACACCAGAGGUCUGUUGAGAGCCAAGGUCUGUUGACAGACUCACAGAGAGCUGAUGUUUCAGAAUUGUGCAGUCUCUUGGAAGCUGCAGACAGCCAAUUUGAGUUCACACAGUUUAAACCAGCAAAGUGGAACUGCUAUGUUCCAGAUGGGAGCCCCCCUCGUCAAUCAUCUGAGAAAGAGUUGGAUCCUGAAUUUCUCACAGGCAUAGAUUUCGAUGACAGUUUUAACUCUGAUGUUGAGAAGCAAUCCGUGAUGAUGGCCACCCCUGACAAAAAGACAACUAUUCCUCAUUGCAAGAAAAUUUGCCAAGUAACAACCACCAAAAUUAAAUCUAGUGGGGCAUCACCCAGCAGUUCAACAGAGAAACCCAAAGAACGUGUUCUCCACAGAAGAGUACUUUACAUUCCCAGUUAUAGCUCUGAAAACAUAGCUGAGAGUUCCUUUGGUUUGUUGACAAAAACCACAAACAAGAACCAUCUGCUUGAUAUGGAAACGAACAUCAGUGGAAUGGAGUCUGAAAGCAAAAAUCUCCCCAAGUUGGAUGUGGGUUUUAAAACUGCUGGAGGAAAUGCUAUGAGAGUUUCAGAGAAGUGUCUGAGCAAAGCAAGGGCCUUGUUUGCAGAUUUGGAGGAAAAUCGUGAGAUGAACACACCCAAAUGUGUAGUAGAAAAUACGGAACAAGUUGAAACCUCACCUGUUCAAUAUAGAGGCGAAGUUGAUACAAAUGUUGAUUCAAAUGUGACACAUUUUCAUGGCCCUGACAAUAAAGUAGACCUGAAAGAACCACGUGAUGAAUACAUUGACAAGAUUAAAGUGGACUUUACACAUUCUCACAAACAUGGGGAUGGUGGUUUCCAGACAGACGGUGGUAAAGGAGUGACCAUGUCGGCAAAGGCCCUUCAAAAAACAAAUGCAGUCUUCAAAGAUUGUGACGUUAUGGAAAGUUCAGGUUGUGCAUCAGAAAAGCUGAACAAAACAAGUGUUGUAUCAGAGACUGGCAGUAAUAAUUGUGAGAGAAACAAUUGUGGCUUCAGCACUGCUCGGGGGAAGAGAGUUGAUGUUUCUGCAAAAUCUCUACUGAAGGCAAGGACUCUCCUUAAUGACUGUGAUGAAUUGGACAAUUCUAAGCCAGGGAAAAUCCCCAGCUUGAAUGCAAAGAUACCAAGUCAGAAUAUUCAGGAGGAAAGUGACUUUGAUUUUAAGAAACCCAGUAGUAAAGCAGCCUCCAUAUCAGCAAAGAUCCCUUUGACAGCAAAAACUCAGUCUGAUGGAGGUGGCAAUUCACAUGAUGUUCUAUGGGCAAAGGGCAAAAUGCUUGAACCUGAAAAUUCUCAAACCCAUGCUAAAGAUCCUUUGAGAAAUGGAUGUGGUUUUAGCACUGCCAGUGGUAAGAGAGUGUCUGUGUCCGAAGGGGCACUGUUGAAAGCACAGGCUCUUUUGAGUGAAUGUAAUGUGGAUGGAGAGGAACUUUCUAUAUCAAAGAACAAGAUCCGAGUAGAUCUUCAUACCAUUCAGAAUCCACCACAUAAGCACGGUGGAUUUAAGACUGCGAUUGUCAAAGAAGUAACCGUUUCAACUAAGGCCCUUAAGCAAGCAAAGGCUGUUUUCAACAACUGUGAUUCCAAUAUGGACAGCUUAAUCAGUGCCGAAGCAAAGCAAGGGAAUAUAGACGUAAAGUCUACUGAUGGUCUGAUGAACAAUCCAGGGAAAAGCUAUUGUGCCUUCAUGACAGCUGGUGGAAAGAAAGUGCAUGUCUCUGAAAAAGGUAUUUUGAAGGCAAAGAGCAUUCUGAAUGAAAACCUUGAUAACUGCACAGACUCAAAUGCCAUUGAGGAGGCUUGGUUUUCAGAUGGUAGAUUUCCAUUACUCACUGAAGAUGGUACAGGUGUCAAAGAAGGAGCAAGGAACAAAUCGAAUUCUUCUGACCUCAACGGUGAAGAAGAUAGCUGUGGUUUCAGCACUGCCAGUGGCAAGACUGUGCAUAUGUCCGAUGGGGCACUCCAGAAAGCAAAGUCUAAUCUGAACGAAUGUGAUGUAAUUGAAAAUCCACAACCUGAGAAUAGCCACAAAGUGGAUCUGGAAAAUAUUCUAACAAAGGAAACGCAUGAAAUCUCUCAUGGUAGCACAGCCAGCGGGAAAGGGGUGUCUAUUUCAGAAAAUGCUCUUCAAGAUGUGAAGUCUGUGUACGUUCUGGGUGAGACUGGUAAUGUAAAAUAUUCAGUUGGCAGUAAUCAAAUAGGAAGCCAUUGUGGUUUUAGCACAGCCAGUGGUAAAGGAGUGUCUGUUUCAGAGAAGGCACUUCAAGUAGCAUGUGACAAAUUCAAAGCGUGUGAUGAUACCCUUGCCAGUGAUACUGACCCUCACAAAAGAUCUGAAGAAAAAAGGCCACUGAAGGUCCCUACUCCCCAUAUUCAUGAUCACCGUAUGCCGGUCAAAGCAGUGGGACUGGAGGACCGCGAAGCUAUCCAGACCAUUGUCGGAAUGGCAUGUCAGUCUUCAUCUGCAGCAUGUCAAGCGGAGUCUUCCUUGUUAAAUUUUGAAUCCCUGGGGUUCAGUGGCUGCUCUGUGACCCAGAAGAGGUACUUUGCCCAGGAGGCCAUGGAUUGUACCAAGGCUCUUUUAGAGGAUGAAGACUUGACCGAUCAGAGUCCUGGAACUCCAAUCCAAGCUAAGGGGGGUUUUGAGAUGAGAAGUGGAAUCGGGAAAAGGUUGGCAGAGGAUUUAGGGAUGACAGACCAACCUCCUCUGAAAAGAAGACUCUUGGCCGAAUUCGACAGAACUGUGGAUUGUAAUAGACGGUCAACACUCACUCCAGCUAAAAGCAGUUCAGAUGGUAUAUUUAAAGACAGGAGAGUCUUCCAAUAUAAUGUGGCUCUUCAACCUAAUGUCACCAGGCCGUAUCGCGCUAAGCAGAGUUGUGUGAACACAAGGCUGAAUAAGACCGAGCCACAGAAGACAACAUCAGAUCCAACCGCCGAAGACCGUAAACCAGUUGGCUCCAAGACAGCUGUAUUCGUCCCCCCAUUCCGGAAGAAUGUCAAGCUUGAGCCACAGAAGAGCAGUGGGCCUCAGGACAAGACUAGAGCGCCUGGUGUGUUCGUUCCCCCGUUUAGAAAAUACAACUGUGUAACCAGUAAGGGUUCCUUUAAGCCUUCAGAAGAGAAUCAUUCUCUUCUUCUCUUCAAGACCAGCACAUCUGUUCCACUUCCUGAGUACAACCACAUCCCCAUCACUGACACUGGUAGUGAUAACGCAAAGGAGUCCAUUCAGGAACUGGGCCCAAAAGAUAUUGACAAAACAGACCCAUGCGAUGAUAGUGGACAUAGCCUUCCUGUCACCACAGGAGGAGUGGAUGCCACUGCAGAGGAGUAUACCGCAGGUCAGCUAGGCCCUAACAGCAUGGGCACCCUUCUAGCUGUUGUUUAUGAUACAGAGUGCCUGCAGCUGGCCCGAGACAUGCAGGACAUGAGGAUCAGGAAGAAGAAGCGGCAGACCAUUAGACCUCUCCCUGGCAGCCUGUACCUCGCCAAGACAUCUGGGGUGGCCAGGCUGACCCUCAGGGAGGCCGUUGGAGGUUGGCACCCUGUACAACACACACACAAUCAGCUGUAUGGCUACGGAGUGCACCGGCAUGUUUCGGAGAUCAGCAGUGAGAGUGCCGAGGCGUUCCGCUUUGUCUGCCGACACUUCUUCAGACCCGAGGCGUUUGUAGAGGGGCGCGUUCAGCUGGCCGACGGGGGCUGGCUCAUACCUCACAACGAUGGAACUGCAGGGAAACAGGAGUUCCACAGAGCGUUGUGUGACAGCCCUGGUGUUGACCCCAAGCUGAUCACUGAGGACUGGGUGUUCAACCACUACCGCUGGGUGGUGUGGAAACGGGCCUGCAUGGAGAGGGCAUUCCCAGAAGUGAUGGGCAGCCUCUGUCUCACACCGGAACAGGUGCUCCUACAACUGAAAUACAGGUACGACUUGGAGGUGGACCACAGCAGGAGGUCAGCUCUGAGGAAGAUCAUGGAGAGAGACGACUCUUCAGUCAAGACCAUGGUGCUCUGUGUGUGUGGUGUUGUCACCAAAGGCCAUAACCCAACAAGGCAGACCUGGAGUGAGACCAAGACCAAAACACCCGGGAGCGCCACAGGGUCUAAAGCGGAGCCGUCCCCUGUAGGUUUGAUCUGGCUGACGGACGGCUGGUACGCAAUCAAGGCCCAGCUGGACGUCCCACUGACCACCAUGCUCCACCGGGGCCGCCUGGCGAUUGGGGGGAAGGUGCUGGUCCACGGGGCCAAGCUGGUGGGAUCUCAGGACGCCUGCUCCCCACUAGAGGCUCCCGACUCCCUCAUGCUGAAGAUUGGGGCCAACGGCACCAGAGCAGCGCGUUGGGACACCAGGCUAGGGUUCUACCGCGACCCUAGACCGUUCCUCCUCCCGCUCUCCUCCCUCUACAGCAACGGAGGCCCCGUGGGCUGUGUGGACAUUGUGGUGCUGAGGAGCUACCCUACCCAGUGGAUGGCGAAGAAGCCGGACGGAGGGUUUGUGUUCCGCUCGGGCCGUGCCGAGGAGAGGGAGGCGCGGCGGCAUGGCGACACCAAACACCGAGCCAUGGAGAUCCUGUUCGCCAAGAUCCAGGCCCAGUUUGAGAAGGAGGAGGACGCAGUUUGUGGUAAAACCAGAGGCCGAAGGCGGACCCUGCGUGGUGGAGACAUUGAGACACUGCUGGACGGGGAGGAGCUGUACGACGCGGUGGAGAAUGACCCAGUUUAUCUGGAGGGCCGUCUGAGUGAGCAGCAAUGGGAGGCGUUGAACAACUACAGGCGUUGUGUUGGUGAGAGGAGGCAGGCCGCGCUGCAGGAGCGGUUCCGCCAGGCUCUGGAGGGUGCCCAGGAGGGCGAGGGCGGGAGCUGUCCCAACAGAGACGUGACACCCAUCUGGAAGCUCUGCGUCGCUGACUCCAGGGCCAAGCUGGGCAGCAAUGUGUACCUGUUGAAUAUCUGGCGCCCCUCCAUGGAUCUGCAGUCCUUGCUGAAGGAGGGCUGUCGAUACAAGGCCUACCAACUCUCCACGUCGGAGGGCAAGAAACGAGCCGGUAACACCUCCAUUCAGCUCACAGCCACCAAGAAAACCCAGUUCCAGAAUUUACAGGCUUCUGCAGGGUGGUUGUGUGAGCGUUUCCAAGCCCGAGAGGCGGUCGGCUUUCGCGUUCUCCUGAACCUGGACUUUCAGCCACUCUGUGGAGAGGUGGAUCUGGUGGGCUACGUCAUCUCCAUCACAGACAGACAAGGUCAUUCUCCAGUGGUGUAUCUAGUGGAUGGCCGGCUGGACUUUGUCAAGGUGCGCUGCUGCAGCAGUCUGGUCCAGCAGGGCUUGGAGGAGCUGGUCAAGCCUCUGGCUCUGGUGGCCCUCAGUAACCUUCAGCUCAGAGCCCAGCGCUCCUCCUCCCCCAUCCGAAGCGCCAUCCCUGGCCUAUACGCUGGAGAUCUGGCCGUGUUUUCCACCAACCCUAAGGAGCCACAUCUACAGGAGGCUGCCGCUGAACUCAGGACCCUUGUCCAGGGCCAGGAACACUUCUUCAGGACUGCAGAGGAGAGGUUAUCUAACUUAGUCCAGGGCUCUGUCCCGUGUCCUGCUCCGCCGCCAAGGACUCCAGGCUCGAAAGCAGAUGCCAAACCAGAUGCAAGGACUACUAUGACACCCCAGCAGUCUGUACAAAGCGUUGGCCCCUUCACCCCGCUGAACAAGGACAAAGACCCCAAGAGCCUAAAAAGGAAGAGGGGCCUAGACUACCUGUGUCGCAUCCCCUCUCCCCCUCCACUCUGCCCCCUGGGCACCAUGACCUUACCCUCGCCGUGCAUCAACAAGACCUUCAACCCCCCUCGCAGGGCCGAGACCCACCGGAUCCUAAAGACACAUCUGGCCCCCGCUCCUCGGCAUGUCCACCCGCCCCUGGAGGAUGAGUGGGUGGAGGAUGAAGAGCUGGUCAUGAUUGACACUCAGGCCCUACACGAUGGCAUAGGGAUAGACACGUGACAGAGAAUGUAUUGGACUAUUAUUUUGAACGUUUCAGAAAACAUCAGCACAAAUUGGUGGCUGGUUAGUUUCUCCAGUCCACAUGUUGAAUUUGUGUGUUGGGAAUCCACCUGGAAAGAUGUAGUGCCAUUUGUAAGCUACAGGGGGGGGAACAAGCUCCAUUUAGAGAGGCUAACCAAGACGUGAUUGGUGCCAUGUGAAUGUUAACACUAGUAAAAUGUUGGAAAGUGAUCAUAUGGAGUUGAUGUGUUCGUAACAUCAGGCUGAAUCAAGUUAGGAUUUGGUCCAUCUUACCUUUUUGGGCCAAAGUAUUGACGCCAUCAAGGAGCCCAAGAAAAUGCAUCGGACAGAAAAUACUUGUCUUGGCGAACUCCUGAGCUUUUUUAGUGAGGCUGCUUCAGUGUUUUCUGAAAUGGCAUUAGAAGAACUGACACGAACUGUAUAAUAUGAAUGCAAAAAUACUGUAACAUUGUUGUCCUUGUGUUUAUGACCUCUUUUCGCUGACAUCUGCAUGUUCACAAUAAAUGUUCUAAUUUAUUAGUCAAUAUAA